UGAAAUUCGCGAGUUCAAUUUAUAGGUUAGAGGUAUUAAAAAUAUUCUAUUUAAACCCAUAAUCUUGCUGUUGAUAUGUGAAUAAUUAUGGAAUUACUUCAUAAAGUUGUGGUUCUAGCAUUAGUGUUAUUUGCAAAUACUAUAAUAUGUGACUGUGCCAAAAUAAACAGUCCGAGGGUACUACUACCAUGGUUUGAAAAUUUGUAUGUAAACUUCACUUUUGAAAUAAUUGAAGGGGGCUGUUACAAGUGGAGUUUGUCCCGCGAUGACAUCAUCGAUUUGGAACCCCUUUACGACGAUACUUGGGGUCACUGUUCCCGGGCGGCUCGGGUUUCAGUAUCUAAAACGUGUGUGUCACCUGGUUCAGUAAUAAUUUUAGCUGAAGAAGUGAAUACAGGCGAGAUAUUGCGAGGUGAUGUUGACAUUGACAAAAUCAGUUCAUUAAGUAUAACAAGUACAACAUGGAAGUUGUAUUUAGAGGAAGCCCCAGAGGCUUUUGAAGUUGUUGCCUUUGAAGAACAAGGUAACACAUUCUCAUCAUUGGAAGGUGUAACCUUUAGUUGGACCAUAGAGAAUCUCGGGAAUAGUUAUGGAGAAGAACCUGUAGUUACAUUAGUUCGUUGGCGUGACACUGAUUAUGAAGCACCUCCAGGUGUCGCGGAACUGGAAGCGAAAGGUUUCAGAUCUCAUGCGGUACUUUUAUAUGGACAGGCUAUGGGAGAGUGCCGGGUGACAGUAUGCCUGGGUGAUAUCUGCACUGGUUUUAAUUUGAAAGUGGUUGCCAGUGUUGUUCUGAACCCAGUUACAGCAGUUAUUGCACCUCAAGAUUCCUUACGAUAUAAGGUGCUUAGAAUGAGAGCAGGUCGCCUCACAGUUCAAAGUAUAGGAGAUACUCUAUACAGUUUGAGUGUGCCAGAUAAUUUUGUAGCUAAACUGGAAGAUGCUAUCAGCUUAGUCCGAGGCACGAAGAUUGGUACAACUAAUGUAAUAUUGAUGUCCGGUAUGACAGAAGUAGCAAGAGCUACGUUAACAGUGUCCGAACCUCAUAGUAUUCGUGUGAAAUUAAGGCCGGCUAAUUUAGUUGUUUAUGGUGAAAUGUUUACGGUUCAUUGUGUGGUGUAUGACGCAGAAGGUCGCCCUUUAACAGCUGGCGAUGAGAUGUUAAUACGUUUGUCAGUGGAAGGAGAGGCUAAUAUUGAUUUGAUUAAGUCUACGGACAAUGGUACAAUAACAGAUGCAAUGGCUCGGAAUGCAGGACAGUUUACUAUUACUGCGAAGCUAUAUUCGAUCGCUGGAAGGACUUUGAUGACUAAGGUUGAAGGUGAAGUUUCUGGAACAGCGAUAGAGCCAUUGGAAAUUGUACCACCUGAACUAUUUAUUGCUUGGACUGAGAAUAUUGAGGAUAUACAAUUGAAGUAUCGUGGCGGAGGUGAUGAGGAAGUGGUGUGGGCAGAGAGUGAAACGUCUAUACAGAGUCAGAAUGUGUUAUCAGUUGCACCCACAGGACUUGUUAAUGUACUCGGAUUUGGUUAUUUGGAUGUCAAAGUGUAUUUGAAGAAAUAUCCUCAUAUUAAAGCUAAUGGAAGGGUGUGGUCUGCGGCGCCGGAGCUGCUCCAGGUGUCGAGCUCGGGGCAGGCGCGCGUGGCCCGCCCCCACCACCUGCACGUCGCGCUCACCGCCACCCACCCCAACACGGGGGAACUAUAUAACUUUCACGUAUGUAAUUGUGCGACGUUGGCAACGACAUUGCUAGAGGGUCCCGAGCCGCAUAACGUGACAGCCGCUACGUGGGUGCAGCCAAUUGAGGGCGCGUGCUGCGUGGUGCAGGGCGUGUGGUCGUCGCGCGGCGUGUCGCUGGUGCGUGUGUCCCGCGGCCGCGCCGGCGACAGCGCGCGCGUGGCGGUGCGCGCCGCGCCGCGUCUGCGCUGGCCGGCGCACGCCGCCGCACUCAUCUCCGCCACUGCCCCAGUGUUAGCAGAAGGUGAAUCUCUAGUGCCAUCAUCCAGCGACCCUCGUGUUGCAGAGUUGGUGUACAGAGAUGGACCCUCACCACACAAGUACCCGGAACUAGAAGUAUUCACCUUAAGAUGUCGCAGGAAAGGAGACACGCAGUUGGAGGUAUCUUCCCAAUCGGAGUUGGAGCGCGAGUCAGUGCAGCUGGAGGUGUCGUGCGCGCCACACGUGUCGCGCAUGCGCCUUGAGCCCCCGCCCAGCCCCGGCAAUUGUAGCGAAGGACACAAAUUAUGGUUACGUCCAGGACAAGAAGUGACGUUGAAGGUGAUAUUAAUGGAUGCAAUCGGCAGAGAGUUGUUGGACGAAAGCGGUCCGAGAGUGUCAUGGGAAUUGCAACCUAACCGCGCGGGAAUAGGGUUCACGGCAUCGGACAGACUGUUUGUAGAAACUGAUCCCGAAUAUGCCCCAGUGCCUGUGCCUUUAAACUAUUAUCAAUUGGUGGUAGCUGAAGACCAAGCUAUAGGAUGGACGGGUACUAUCAAAGCCAGUAUUCGAGAAGCAACCGCCUCUAUACAAGCUAAAGUUGUCGCGCCUUUGAAAUGUGAUCCCAUCAAGACUAAUAUCGCAUGGGAAGGUGAAUUAGUAUCAGAUAUAGCUACAGUGAGUGGCGGCAGCGGGCGCUACGCGGUGCAGGCGCCGAAGGGCGUGGUGGCGAGCGUGGAGGGCGGCGCGCUGGCGGCCGCCGCGCCCGCGCCCGGCAACUACCACUUGCUCGUCUCCGACCUCUGCGUCCUGGGAGAGAAACAACUUAUCGAAGUGAAUAUAGAGGAGGUGGUGAGCGUGGAGGUGGCGAGCGCGCGCGCGGUGAGCGUGGGCGGGUGCGUGGAGGCGCGCGCGCUGGCGCGGGGCGUGUCGCGGCGCUACGUGGCGAGCGCGCGGCCGGCGCAGUGGCGCGUGGCGGGCGCGCUGCGCCUUAAGGACGGCCAGCUGUGCGGCGUGCAGGAGGGCGCGGCCAGGGUGCGCGCCGCCAUCGCCGGCGUCUGGAGCCCGGAGAUCGAUGUGGUGGUGUUCCCCGCGCUGCGCGUGGUGCCGGGCGCGGCGCGCGUGCCGCCGGGCGCACGGCUGCAGCUGCGGCACGCGGGCGGCCCGCCGCACCACCUCGCAGACCUGCACUACCGCCUCGCAGACACCACUGAUAAAAUAGAAGUCAUUAUUUUUAUUAUUUUACUAAUAUUAUAA